AUGUUAAGACUAUCCUUGAAGUGUUCGGUGAGCUGCGGUGAAGGGAUCCAGCAGCGGCAGGUCAUCUGCAGGCCGUCUGAAGGCAGCUCGGGACAGUGUGACGCAGACAAACCCGAGUCCGUGUCCGUCUGCAAGCUUCCUCCCUGCACAGGAGAGCCAUCUUUACCCAGUCCCACUAGAGAGUUACUGGACAAUUUGACCACUGAGGAGGAGAAACCAGCGGAAAACACUCUGGAUAAAUGUUCGGUGAGCUGCGGUGAAGGGAUCCAGCAGCGGCAGGUCAUCUGCAGGCCGUCUGAAGGCAGCUCGGGACAGUGUGACGCAGACAAACCCGAGUCCGUGUCCGUCUGCAAGCUUCCUCCCUGCACAGGAGAGCCAUCUUUACCCAGUCCCACUAGAGAGUUACUGGACAAUUUGACCACUGAGGAGGAGAAACCAGCGGAAAACACUCUGGAUAAAGUGUCUAAUGAGCCGUGUCUGGGUGAUAAGUCCAUCUUCUGUCAGAUGGAGGUUCUGGCGCGCUACUGCUCCAUCCCGGGUUAUCAGAAGCUCUGCUGCGAGUCCUGUAACAGGAGGAUGGCUUUCAGUACGCUUUCUCCAGACGUUCAUCCUCCCUUCUCAUGGCUUCCGGAUUUCACCUUCCCUCCUCUGCCUCAAACGAGUCCUGAUCCGACUGUGCCUCCGUCUACAGCGGCUCCGCUCGUCCACACCACUAAAGCAGCUAGCAGGAGACCUCGGCUCACUUCCUCCAGCCCUAAAGCGGACGAGAGCACUCCCUGUCCCUCAUCUCUACCUCCAGACGCACUCCAGAUCCAGGGCUCGCUCGCCUCGACCCGCCAAACCAGGGACUCGCCGGUCACAUGAUCACGAACCAAUCACGCAGCAGCUGCUGGUUACCUCAGAACGAGCCCACGUCACCGUGUGUGGAAACGGGAGAAACCGUGACCGGUGCUGUUAUUGAAAUGCAGUGGCUUCCGGCUCAAUGCGUGCUGUUUUGUGUCUUCAGGACUACUAGACACGUCUUCAGCGUGUUUGUGGCUGCAGUGCGUCAUUAUUCGCUCGUGUAGAUCGUAGCUGUGUUAUUUUGAAGUCUAGCUGCGCGUGUUUGCUUUGUAACUCUGGUGUAGUUUUGCGAUCGACCAGUUUCACUUUUAAAAUCCCCCAAUGACCUGAGAAAAAUAACACGUUCAAUAUAAUUGACAUAACAUUAUUUUCCUUAAAUCCUUUUGCCGUUUGAUGUGAUUAAUUACAGAAACCUGUGAUUAAUUUAGUGUCUAAUACA